AUGUGCAAGGUGGUUCCCACUUCCUCACCAAAUAACAAGUCUGCGCACCUUUGGCCGUUUCCUUCACGGAACCGCGUGACCAUCGACAGCUCAUCACAUUCUCCACGCGCCAUACAACAAUCUCUCACCGACCGUUGUGCCUUUCUCGACCGACGAGUUAGAUGCACGCGCCUCGUUGAGCGUUACACAAAAGGGCAUAUUGCAACAAAAACCCUAGCCCCACUUUUCUAUCUCUCUCUUAUCAUCACAUACUCUGAAAUGGCGAUCUCAAAGGCUUCCAUUGUUGCUCUCGUCGCGGUGAUUGUCUCCGUUGUUGCUACCGUCGCUUCCGCUCAGGUCGAGGCUCCGGCUCCAAGCCCGACAUCUGGAUCUGUUGCGAUCUCCGCGUCCGUCGUGUCAGCUGGUGUUGCAGCCGUCGCAGCUCUUGUUUUCGGCUCUGCUCUUCGGAUCUAA